UUCUACUUCGCUUGGGGACGUUGAGUUGACCCCCAUGUUCCGGAAACCCUAAAGCACAGAAAAUGUCUGUCAUUUCCUUACAUUCUCGCUGCAACCCAAUACCCCAUUUUCGUCCGCACGCUUUCUCUAGAAGACGUAGCUCAUCAUAUAGAAUCAAUUCAAAUCUCAAACCUCCAUUGGGAGAGAUUGAGACUAGCUUUUCUCUUUGGACUCUUAUUCAGACGGAGAAACUAGAUAGAAAGAGUUGUAUGAACCAGUCAAGUUGGUUUUGCUUGCUUACAGGGUCUUCUUCUUUGUACAUGCAUGGCUAUAUUAAUUGGUGGAGAGGAUUUUGAUUGGACUAGAAAUCAAAGCUUGUAAAGCUUUCAUUUUGAGGAGCUGCUUCUCUCGUUUCUGACUUUUUUGAAUUCAUCAAUGGGAAAGCCAACAGGGAAGAAGAAGAACCAGCUAGAACAGAAGCCUGGCAAUGCAAACGGUAAGCCAAGCAAGCCCUCCGACCGAACCUCGAAAGCCAUGGAUGAGGACACAGCAAUCUUCAUCAACAUGUCCCAAGAGCUCAAAGAAGAAGGUACCAAACUCUUUCAAAAGCGUGACCAUGAGGGCGCCAUGUUGAAAUAUGAAAAGGCCCUCAAACUCUUACCUAGGAAUCACAUUGAUGUUGCACAUCUGCGUUGCAAUAUGGCUGCUUGUUAUAUGCAAUUGGGUCUCGGUGAGUACCCUCGAGCAAUCAAUGAAUGCAAUUUAGCUUUAGAAGUGUCGCAGAGAUAUAGUAAAGCACUGUUGAAGAGAGCCAGGUGUUAUGAGGCUUUGAAUCGAUUGGAUUUGGCGUUGAGAGAUGUUAAUACUGUUUUGAAUAUGGAACCUAAUAAUCUUGUGGCUUUGGAGAUUGUGGAGAGGUUGAGAAAGACGUUGAGCGAAAAGGGUAUUGAUGCUGAUGAGAAAGUGAUUGGUUUGACUCAUGUGGAGCAGCCCAGUGCUUUAAAGUUGGGUAAAGUGGUGAAAGGGAAAUUAAAAAGGAAGAAGAAUAAGAAAGAUGAGUUGAAGGCAGAGGAUAAGGUGGUUGUGCAAGAGAAGGUGAGUGCUGUUAAGGAUAAGGAAGUGAUUACGAAGAUGGUGGAGGAAGAGAAAGUAGUUGUGGAGCCUGUUAAGGAAGAAAAAGUGGUUACAAAGAUAGUGAAGUUGGUGUUUGGGGAGGAUAUUAGGUUGGGGCAGUUACCAGUUAAUUGUAGCAUGAAGUUGGUAAGGGAGAUGGUUCAGGAUAAGUUUCCAGGACUGAAGGGUGGUCUUGUGAAGUACAGGGAUCAAGAGGGUGAUUUGGUUACAAUCACUACUACGGAUGAGCUGAGGUUGGCUGAAUCAUCUGGUGACUCAGAAGGGUCUCUGAGGCUGUAUGUUGCAGAAGUAAGUGCUGAUCAGGAGCCGGUCAUUGAGGGAAUGGACAAUGAGGAGGAGGUGCUUGAUAAUGAUAGAAAAUCAAGUAAUCUUGUUGAAAAUGAGGAUGUGGGGAACGGCUAUGAAGUUGAAAGAGGGUUGACUUCUAUUGAGGACUGGAUUAUACAGUUUGCACGACUGUUCAAGAACCAUGUUGGGUUCGAUUCUGAUUCGUACUUGGAUCUGCAUGAACUAGGCAUGAAGCUAUACUCAGAGGCUAUGGAGGACACUGUGACAAAUGAGGAUGCUCAAGAACUGUUUGAAAUGGCUGCUGAUAAGUUCCAAGAGAUGGCAGCUUUGGCAUUGUUCAAUUGGGGGAAUGUUCACUUGUCCAGGGCAAGGAAGCGGGUAUUCCUUUCAGAAGAUAGUUCGAGGGAAUCUGUACUUGAGCAGAUUAAGGCUGCAUAUGAAUGGGCACAUAAAGAGUAUGUGAAGGCUGAAAAGAAGUAUGAAGAAGCUCUGAAAAUCAAACCAGACUUCUAUGAAGGUUAUCUUGCACUUGGGCAACAGCAAUUUGAGCAGGCAAAGCUCUGUUGGUACUAUGCAGUUGGGAGAAAGGCUGAGUUAGAGACUGGGCCUUCCUCAGAGGUCUUACAGCUAUAUAAUAAGGCUGAAGAAAGCAUGGAGAAAGGCAUGCUGAUGUUGGAGGAGAUGGAGGAGCAGCGUCUAAAUGGACUCUCCAAAUCAGAGAAAUAUGAAGAAAAUUUGCAGAAAAUGGGGUUGGAUGGUCUAUUUCAAGAUAUUUCUGCUGAGGAAGCUGCAGAGCAGGCUGCGAACAUGAAAUCGCAGAUAUACCUCUUAUGGGGCACCUUGCUUUAUGAGCGUUCAAUUGUGGAAUAUAAGCUAGAAUUACCAACUUGGGAAGAAUGUUUAGAGGUUGCGGUUGAGAAGUUUGAACUUGCGGGAGCUUCUCCAACAGAUGUAGCUGUUAUGGUAAAGAACCAUUGUUCCAAUGAAACGGCCUUGGAAGGUCUUGGAUUCAAAAUUGAUGAGAUAAUACAAGCCUGGAAUGAGAUGUACGAUGCUAAGAGGUGGCAGUUCGGUGUUCCAUCUUUUCGGCUUGAACCAUUGUUUCGUAGGCGGGUUCCAAAGCUUCAUUCUGUCUUGGAGCAUGCUUGAUUUUUUCUUUUUCUUUUUUCGGUUGAUGGUUGCAUAUUCUUUAGGGGCAUUGAGCAAAUGCUUCAGCUUACUUUAGUUCAGUUCAUUCCUCAAAAGCUACGUCUUUGCGAAAUUAAGAUAGGUUUUUGCAUGGAUUAUUGUGUUUAGCUCGUUGUUUGCUAUGGAAGCAAAGGAUGACCAUGUCUAAAUGUUGGUUUUGAAUGAGAGUGUGUCAGUUAGUUGGCCUGCAGCCGACUAUGUCAUUCAAUUUUUUUUUGGGAUUCCUUUUCUUUUCUUUUCUUUUCACAGCAAUUUCAGCUGUUCACAGAUUGAGAUAGGGGUAUAUGAUUGGAUCUGACUGUAUAUUGUAUUUUUCUGCUCACUUGUGAGUUGUGGGUUUUAUAUAGCUGAAAAGAGUAUUCUUUGAUAUAGGAGUACACUGCCUCCUCCUUUCUUCUU